UUCAUGAAUGAAUCACGACCUGUUUCUGUGAGUGAUAAUUUUAAUCAGAGCAGGAAGUUUGGGGCCUUUAUCUCUGACAUUUGGCUCAUUAAUAUUCAUAAAAACAUUAGUUUAGUCUUUGAAGUUUUUUUAAACAGACCUGAGUGAGAAACAAAUGAACUCUUUAUUAUUAAUGAAACUCUGGGUGGAGGUUGUAGUUCACUCUGCUUUAAAUCUAACACCACCUUCCUUCCUCGCCUCCUUGGCCGUGCUGCUCUUCUGCUUGGCCGCCUCCGUGUAUCGGCCCACAGCAGCGCACUGAGACGCUUCUAAUCCUCUUUUGAUGAACUUGGUUAAUGGACCUCCUGCGGUGAACUUUGGCUCUGUUCAAUCAGCAGCACACGACCCUCUCCACGCCCCCCGGAGCACGCACUGCGCGUCCCCGCGGCUCCAAACUGCAUAAAUUCAGCCAUCAAAGCGCAGAAAGUUUCAAGUUCUCAGUGAACGGAGCGUCUGAGGCUGAAGUUUGUUCCGAGGAAGAAGAGGAGCGAUGCCGCCGAGUAAAAGCCUCUUUGCGCCUUUCAUCUCUGUGGACCCGGAGGGAGGAGUGGGCCCCACCGCGGCCCCGGUGGCUCUCCACGCCGACAUCCACGCCCUGCUACAGCGGAGCCGUGCGCAGGAGCGGCCGGGGACAGAGCGCACCAGACGCGCCUGCGAGCACCGAGACCCUCCGUGCGCCAUCGUGGAGCUCCGGCUGGGCCCCGCCGGCGGCGCGUUGCACUACCUCCAGCCGGACAAGUGCGCUCUGGAGCGGGCGCAGAGACGGAGACGCCUCGCUGCAAACGCCCGGGAGAGGAGGAGGAUGCUGGGGCUCAACGUCGCCUUCGACCGGCUCCGGAGCGUCAUCCCGAACCUGGAGAGCGACAAGAAGCUCUCCAAAUCUGAGACCCUGCAGAUGGCGCAGAUUUACAUCGCCACCCUGAGCGAGCUGCUCCAGGAGGGGACCUCACCCACCCGCGUGACGCGCCCCACGGGGGCCGCUUCGCCCUCACAGGGGACCGCAGUCAGGGACUUUCAUAACGGGAGGAGCAGCGGGGGCCCGGCGCGCACAGAGGAGGAGGAGGAGGAGGAAGAGGAGGAGGAGGAGAGGAGUUAUGAGGACAUGUGGGAGAGAACGAGCGGGACAAAGUGAUAUUUAAAGAUGAAAUGUAUUUUUAAAAACUAUUUUCCUACAAAGAUUGUCAUCAUUUGGUUUUUUUCUGUCUUCGUGUAAACUUUGUGUCUGUUUCAAGAAAGACGAAGCAGGAAGUACUGAAAGUAGCAAUUUUUAUUAUUUUAAAAUUAUGUACAGGUAACCAAAGACAUCAGUCUGCAAAUUGGUACAAAGAUCAAGUUUUCCUGCAGUUGGCUUGUUAAGAAGCUCUCUGUCUGUCUGUCCAAAACAACAACACGACGGGGAGGAAAAGGCUUUAGAAAAUGAAAAAUAGAGUCAGAUUCAGAAAAAAGUAGAGUCUAC